UCUCCGGCUGACGUGGAGGUGACACAAUUCACAACUUAAAUCAGUGAACGUAUGUCUCCGUGUGCCAUGCAACCAGUUCGGGGUGUCCCCUGCCUACUGCUCGAUGACGGCUCCAGCACGCCCGCGACCCCCGCGGGACAAGCAAUACAGAUGAUGGAUGGAUGGUUGGUCGUCAGUGCACUCCGCUAAGUGGGGGUAUUGCGCGUUAACGUUGGUUGCUAAGCGCCGAUAAACUCAAACAGCAGAAGAAGAAGAAGCAACGGCAGUCGCUACCGCGGUACGCGGAAGUACACAAUCUUCGGCUGACGUGGUGCCGAACGAAGAGAGUGGAAUAGGUCAAUUCAAUGCGUUCGACGUUUCUCGACGUUUUGCGCAAUUGAACACGACAAAGAAGCGAAUCGAGUCGCUCUUCUGACCCCCCCCCCCCCCCCCCCCCCAGCAAAAUGGAGGACAUCAGCCGACCAUUCGCCGGCCUGGCGUCGGUCUCCGUCCCGGAGGACACCCCUGUGGUGGGUGACAUCUCUGUGCCGGUGGACUCGACGCAGCCGGACGACGACGAGCUGUCGACGCUGGACGAGCCCGUGAAGGAGACCAUCCUGAGGGACCUGCGCGCCGUGGCUAAUAAGUUUGUGCACGUCCUGUACCCCAAGCAGAGUUCGGAUCUGCUACGGGACUGGGACCUGUGGGGCCCGCUGCUGCUCUGCGUCACCCUGGCGCUACUCCUCCAAGGCGGCGCGGCGGGCCGGUCCGGCGACCAGGGAGGGCCGCAGUUCGCUGAGGUGUUUGUCAUCGUGUGGUUGGGCUCCAUCGUAAUCACACUCAACUCCAAGCUUCUGGGCGGCACCAUCUCCUUCUUCCAGAGUCUGUGCGUUCUGGGCUACUGCAUCCUGCCGCUGACGGUGGCCAUGGCGGUGUGCCGCCUGGUCCUGUUGGGCAGCGUGGGCGCUCUCAGCUUCGCCGUGCGCCUGACUGCGGUGGUGGCGUCUUUCGGCUGGUCCGCCUUCGCCUCCGCCGCUUUCCUGGUCGGCAGCCAACCACCCGACCGCAAGGGCCUGGCCGUCUACCCCGUCGUCCUCUUCUACUUUGUCAUCGGCUGGAUGAUCCUCACCUUCUCGCCGGCGCAGUAGAAAAACCCGCCAGAGGAGGCAAAAAGGUGUGCGCUUGUCAGCAUCGACCACUCCUCACUAAAAGCUUGUGGUUUCGGGCCUUCGACGGGCGGCCCCACAUCAAAAAAGGGUCAGGGCACGUCCAGACACACAAACAUCCUCCUGGCCGACAAUUUGGACUUUUCAAAGAAGCCGACCUGCUCCCUGCAAACAGUGAGGUGGUCACCCUUGAGACCAGGCAUCCGGUUGGCCGGCAAAUGAAAAGCUCCUGUUUGGUGAUUUUUUUUUUUCCAGAGCGCCUCGGCCGACAAACGAAACCCAAGUGCAUGUGUGACAGAAAGCUUGUCGGACACAGUGUAAAUAUGCGCAACUCAAGCGUUGAAAAAAUUAAAGCAGCGUAGCGUGCUUGUGGGUUCCGAUGUGGAAUUUGGAGCGCGUGCAGAGAUGGCGACAGUGUCUGGUUUUUUUUCUCCUACUGCCCUUGUUUACUAAAAAAAGCACAAUUUGGUUGUUGUAUUUUGCUAUUACAAACGUGAUGUUAGGCUUUGUUUAUUAUUUUUCAUAAUUUCACAAUAUAAUCACAAUUAUUAAACAUCAAUCAUAUUUCAUGUAACUGAAUCAAUAAUGGAAAAGAAAAGCUGACAUUUAAAUUCA